AGAAGGAGAGAGGGAGCCAAUGAAGAGGGAGGAGGGAAAGAAGGAGGCAAAGUGCAACCCAACCAAAAGAGUAGAAACACACAGAAUAGUGAGCGAGCCUCUGAGUGUCUUAAAAGAGAGAGAAGGCAUCAGAUAGGAGUGUGAGUCCUCAGGUAGGUGGACAACUAAAAAAAAAAAAAAAUUCAAGGCCACCGGCAGAUUGAGAGCGAGUGUAUAGGACCAUGUCUCUAAAUGGGAGGGUGGCUCUGGUGACCGGGGGAGCUCAAGGCAUUGGGAGAGCCGUAGUCCAGUCCCUCCUACAGAGCUCAGCUAAGGUAGCUGUGGUUGACCUGAACCAGACCUGUGGUGAAGAGUGCAAGAAACAGCUGGAUGCUGAAUUUGGAGAUGGCAGCAGCACCUUUAUUCAGUGUGAUGUGUCCGAUGGAGACUCACUGAGAGAUGCCUUCCAGAGCACAGUAGACGAGUUUGGUCGUCUAGACAUUGUCAUCAACAAUGCUGGAAUCAACAAUGAAAAGAACUGGGAGAAGACCAUACAAGUGAACCUGACUUCUGUAAUAAAUGGGACCUACUUGGCUCUGGAACAUAUGAGUAAGGAGCAUGGCAAGGAAGGAGGCACGAUAAUCAACGUAUCUUCUAUGGCAGCCUUCCUGCACUCUCCUCACCAGCCUGUUUACACAGCUACUAAACAUGGAGUCAUUGGUUUCACAAGGGUUAUGGCUGCCAUCAUUGAUAGCAGAAGGCAUGAUGAGGUUGAUCACCGACACCAGUUUAAACGGUGCUGUGAUGAAGAUUACGUGCUCCAAAGGAAUCCACUUCCACACUUAUGAACCCAUGUCUGCUUGAUCAUCGCCUAAUGGACUGCCCCUUGCUGAAGAGCAUAGGCGUAUACAACUGUAACCGUGGAAGUCAUAUCAGAACAGAAUCCCCAAAUGUUUGGAUUCUGCUGCACAAAACUGGCCUGAACAUUACCUACAAUGUAAAUACAGUAAAACCAAAAACAAGGUUUAUGCUAUGACAAUAGAAUUGAUGCAAUAGCAGCUUUGGAACAAAACAAAACAUAUUAAUCAUGAAACCUUCAGCGACCCAAAACUGCAAUACAGUAGACUUUUUAGUGUUUUUGAACAUCAUAGUCAAUCAUGUAGCUUCUGUAAUUAAGCAGUGUUAUUAUUAAGACCUGUAACUAUUAUUAUUUAAUUGUUAAAUAAUAUUUGCACAAAUAUAAAAAAAAACCUGUGGGAUUGUUUGCAUUUGUUAUUUUACAAGGAUAGUUCCUUCCAAUUAUGAUGUCGAAUGAUGAUAAAUGAUUUUCUUUUCUUUUUUAUACCUUCUCAUCCUAUGUGUGUAUAUAAUGGGAAUUGCUGCCAGAGUUGUGCUUAAGAGUCCACAGAUAAAAUGAAAAGUUGCUACAUUAAAGAUCUGGAUUAGCUGGAGUGACCAAACUACAAAGUGAGGGCUAUGACAUCUUUGACAGCUCAUCAUAUCUGUUUUUAAUGUAAAGUAUAUACACCUGUAUAUAUUUAUAUGAUACUGUUCCUGGAAUAUACAGCAAACUGGGGACUUCACUUUGUGAAAAAUAAAUAAUUGUAUAAACCUGUUAAGGCGGCACGGUGGCCCGACUGCCUAGAGCGUCAGCCUCACAGUUCUGAGGACCGGGGUUCAAUCCCGGGCCCCGCCUGUGUGGAGUUUGCAUGUUCUCCCCGUGCCUGCGUGGGUUUUCUCCGGGCACACCGGUUUCCUCCCACAUCCCCAAAACAUGCAUUAAUUGGAGACUCUUAAUUGCCCGUAGGUGUGAAUGGUUGUUUGUUUGUAUGUGCCCUGUGAUUGGCUGGCAACCAGUUCAGGCUGUACACCGCCUCCUGCCCGAUGAUAGCUGGGAUAGGAUCCAGCACGCCUGCGACCCUAGUGAGGAGAAGCGGCUCAGAAAAUGGAUGGAUGGAAACCUGUUAAGCUAACUUCCAUUUUAUAUUGAAGGCAAAAUGGAUCGGUGUUAAUUUUCUAUCAUCGAGGAAAUCUCAUGCUAUUGGUAUGGUCUGUAAAUGAUAGUGUUUUCUGUUGUUGUUGUUGUUUUACAUGAAACUUUUCAAACACAUCAAGAAACAAAAAUUACUUUUUUUUAAACUACAAUGUUCACAUGCAAAGGCCACUAAGCAAGUUUUAUUUUAAUUUCAAAACUGUUUUUUUAGCAGAUUUACUCAGGAUAACACAAAGACUAAAGGCUUUGGGUCCAUUACAAUGGAGCUUUCACCAUUUCUGUUGAUGUUACUGUACUGGCAGUGGAAAUGAUACAACAACAAAAAUGUUGUUGGUGUGAUAAUUAAUUUUGAUAUAUUGAUGAUUAACAUAAUAUAAAUGGUUGAAAUGAUUGCAAACUUAAGAGUAGGAUAUGCUUUGGGGUUGCCAAUUAUCAGAGUAAAAUGUUGAAAAAAAAUUUAUUAUAUUGAUUAUCAUUCGUGCACAUUAUUUACUGGAAAAGGGCAUUCUUAAAUUGUGAUUCUUUUAUUAAAUUGAUGUCUGUGAAAUUCUUUAUUGUUAAUGUUCAGUAAAAGUUCAACAUCCUUUCACUGCAAAAACACAAAACUGACCUAGCUAAUUUAUCUUAUUUCCAGUGGAAACAUCUUACUGUUCUUACGUUACGACAGUUUUGACUUUUUACAGCAAGACAAAACUUUUAAGAUACAAUAACUUAUUUUAAGAAUCUUAAGUCAUUUCAUACUAGUUCCACUUGCCAGUUUUUUUCAGUAUUUUAGUGACAAAAUAUCUUGUUUUAAGUGAAAAAAAAAUCUUAAAUCUUAAAACAAGUGUUUUUGCCUUGCUGAAAAUUUUGAACAAAAUAAGGUGAUAAACUAAUGGGAUUGUUUUUCUCCAGAUGGAACUGGGGCUUUAGUCAAAGCAGAGGCAUUUAUGCAGAAUUCCAAAUACAGUGGAACUUUGAUGAAACCAACCCUGACAUAACGGAUAUCGAAUAAAAGGGACCAUUUGGGACUGAACAGUGUGUCAAAAAAUAGUUUCCAUUUGUCACUUAAACUACCGUUGACAAAGUCUGUCAGUUCCAGAAUUGGCCCCUGUUGUUUACUGGAGCUGUGGCGCAAUGCAGGCAAAGAAUGGGACUGACAUAUUUCCGGGCCAGAGAUAUACAAUAUGACUAGAGUGGCGGCCAUGUUGAAUGUGGGACAUUGACGUGGCAGCCAUGUCAUGAUGGUUAUAUCUAUUGUCUAUUGUGCCAUAGAGCACUGCCAGAGAGAGAGAGUGGCACGGCUGCAGCGUUAACUCUGAGGAAAACAAAACACAAGUCUCUAGAGUCUAGAACAUGCUAUUUUUGGUACAGUAAAAAAAAAUUGUCAAGGCAUUCGCCUUUGGCAACGGAUUUGGAACUGGGAAGCACACUAAUUCCUCUCGGCUCAUAAAAGCAACCCGCCUAUGGUGAGUACUGUACGUCACCAAUGUCACCAUCACCAAGCACCCCGGCGUGGUAUGUUUGGUUAAAAUCUGAAACUUCCAAAAUUUGUAUUGUAAUGUAAAAAACUACAAAAAGAUAAUUGUGUACUGUACAGUAAUAUGGGUGCAUAUGCCUUCAAAAAAAAAAAAAGUGCUUCAAUGUGACGGACAAUCUGCUAUAUCGGACGACACCACCGCCCGUAUUAGUCUGUUCUAUCAAGGUUCCACUGUACCAGUAAGUUUUACAUCCAGGCUAGGGAUUGCUAGUGUCUUUUCAUUCUGCUAUGACUGUCACCAAUAGUCUAUAUCUUCUUUAUUUAUAUAAUUAUGGGAAGAAAACAACACAGGCCAUGCAAUGCUAGCUUUAUUUUGGCGUUCAUCUGUUGUUUUUGGUUUCUUUACAAUGAUGAAGUAAACUACCGUAAUUUCUCGUGUAUAUUGUACAUUUUUUACCCCCAAAACUGGUCAAGUCAAUAGUGCACAUUAUACAUAGGUAUAGGAGAAAAUUAAAAAGACUUUCACAUUUUAUAAAUGUAUGCCGCCAUCUAGAGGUUAUGAAAAAGCUGUACACUUUCAUUCCACUAUACCACCGCCCCCUAGAGGUUAUGAAAAAGUUGUACACUUUCAUUCUAGUAUGCCACCUAGAGGUUAUGAAAAAGGUGUAGACUACUACUUUCAUUCCAAUAUGACAGGGGUACGUAUGACUGCAUAUAUGUACAAUUGUGCUCAUAAGUUUGCAUACCCUGGCAGAAUUUGUGAAAUAUUGUUUUGGUUUGUUUUUUUAAAUACGACAACAACCAUCAUAAAUUUAUUUAUGGUUAUGUUUUGUUUAAUGAAAAUGCUUUUCUGAAAAGCUUGACAGUUUAAUUUGAAUCCCAUUAAAAUAAAAUUAAAUGUCUUUCGCUUGGUCCUUCAUGUUUUCUUAAAAGAAUUGUACACAUCUUACAAAUUCUGCCUGGGUAAUCAAACGUAUGAGUACAACUGUGUGUUUUCUCAUUGACUAAAUAAAAGUCGGGCUGUGAAUUUCAAAAUAAGAGCAAGUAAAUAAAAAUAAAUUAUUUGUUCAAAUAAAGUGCUUAACUUCAGAAUAAUUAUUUGAAAAAAAACAAACACAAAUACAGAUAAUACUUCAUGUUUUGAUCAUAUGGGUAGAAGCAAAAUCAUGCAUUGUAAAAAUGCAUUAUACAUCGGUAGAAGGAUUUUCCAGAAUUUUGAGGUCAAUUUAUCAUUAUACAUGGGUGUGCAUUAUACUCGAGAAAUUACGGUAAGUCAGAGGCAUACCAUGUGUGUAUGCGUAUGUACAAACAAGAAGUAGAUGACCCACCAUCCAUACCUCACUAUGAUUCUGACACAGUGACUAAAUGUACAAAAUAGGAACUGUAAAAUCAUUGUCCUUGUUCAUCCACAAAUUCAUUGUUUUAAGGACUUUACCCCCAUUAUUGGCUCCGAAAUCUCUUCCUAGACAAGACAUUUUUGCUUUUUGUAUGCCCUCUAUGUGUGUGUGUGUGUGUACGUGCACAGGCAGGUCUUAGAAGGGGUUUAUGCGAACCCCUGUCCCUAGUGGGGAGAAGGGGUUGACUUUUGCCCACAUGAGAGCAUCAUUCAGGGAAAUUGUUGAUUUGCCAUCUUCAAGUAAAAAUACUGGACCCUGCAUGUAGGAAAAAAAAAAAAAGUUAAAUUAAAAAAACUCAGUUGCACAUUGGUGCUAAGACAGCCACAACAUUAGGUACACCUGCACAAACUAAUUGAAUGCUGUAUUGACAAGUUCCUCUGAGAAAGUUAACAUUCAGUUUAUAAUUUGACAAUAGGCUUACUUUUGCCGCUGUAAUUUUCAGUAGUGUGGAUUUCGAAAAUAUUUUUACGUCUUUAUUUACCUACAUAGAAGGGACUUGUAUUGGUAUUUCAUCCUGCAGAUAUACCUAAUAAAAUGUCCCGUGAGUGUCUACUGGUUAAUAAUGCAAACCAAAGAAGCAGGACACACCUGUAUUCUGUGACCAGUAAAACAGGAAAUCUGAACAUCAGAGUGACUUGGCAGAUUGGAGCCUGUCACAUAAUCAGCACCACAUGAGACUAAUGGAGGAAGGAGAGAAGGUGUUUUAAAAACAGUUGUUUGAUUUGAGUGAACUUUUCGAUGUUCAGGUACUGUUCUUACCAGAGUUCACAGUAAGGAUUCUUUUUUCAAGACAGCGGAAAUCUUCCUUUUGACUCUCUGAUGGAGGGCUAUUAAAAAGGCAGACAGACACAGUGCUAAAUAUAUAUUUAAAGUAAAGAUGUGAUUUGCUGUAUUUUCACAAAACAGUCUCGGUGUAAAAUAAAUGUUUAGCUAGACAUUGAUUGGUGUUAAUUAUUUUAAGUUUACAUGACGAAUAGGUACUGCAUUUCGUUUUUGUUGUACUGUACUAGUAGUUACAGGCUACCGUGAAGGGCAUCCAUUGCAAAGGGAGAUGUCGUUGUUGUUCUAUAGCUGCUGAAGUGUAUUUGUAUGGUACAAAAAAAAUAAAAAAUGCAAAGACA